ACCGUAGUUCCAUCUGUGUUUUGUCCAAUUUACUAACCUAUCUACUGACUGGCAAAUGUGUGGUAAUUUCAUGAUGUGAGAGUCAUGCAGGAGGUAUCGCUUGGGCUAGUCGAAUAUAAAUAUCCCUUGUGCAGCGCUGUAUCUUCCAGCAACUCCAUAUCACAGCGAUAUUCCCUUGCAAUUCACUUUCAAUCACAUAUCAACAGCACACCCUUAUAUCAAUAAUGGUCAAGAUCUUUGCCGUAGUUAUUGCCCUUUCGAGCACCAUUGCUUCUGCUCAGUUCUAUGGUGUCCCGGGAGUCGGUGCUGGAAUUGGAGCAGGAGUCGGAGCAGGAGUCGGAGCAGGAGUCGGAGCAGGAGUCGGUGCUGGUGUUGGUGCUGGUGUUGGUGCUGGGUACGGGCUGUUUGGUGGAGGCUAUGGCAUUGGCGGCGGUUACGGUAUGCUUGGCGGUUACGGCGCUGGAAUUGGAGCUGGAGUCGGGGCAGGAGUCGGAGCGGGAGUCGGUGCUGGGGUUGGCGCUGGGGUUGGAGCCGGAGUUGGGGCUGGCAUUCCACCGUUUGGCGGCUUUGGUGGAUUCGCUGGCCGUAUCUACUAGAUUUCACUUGGUACCUGAAACUGCAUCAUCAUUCUUGUUAAUAAAGACUUCAGCUGUUGACACCCUUGAAAAACGUAAUAUACAGAGAUGAGAAGAGA